AUGUACUCUGAGGAGUACAAAGACGUGAUGACGAAGUUGCGAGGAUUUCUCGAACAAAAGACAUACACUGAGGAAGCCUUAGCCUUGACUGAGAAAGCCUUGGAGCUUCUUGCUGCUCACUAUACAACAUGGCAUUACAGGUUUAACAUCGUGAAGGCAAUAAAGCGGGACUUGUUCGAAGAGCUUGACUGGUGUGAGCUUGUGGCGUUGGAAAACGAGAAGAACUAUCAAAUUUGGCACUACAGACAAUUGAUCAUCGAGGAGAUCUUGAAAGAUGAGGAAUUGGCGUCAAAGUUCGACUUCCACAGAGAAUAUCCGAUACUAAGUGAAAUGCUCCAGGAGGACUCCAAAAAUCACCACGUUUGGUCCUACAGGAAGUGGUUUGUCGAGAGAUUCCUGCUUCACGAGGCCAUUGAAGAGCUUCAGUUCGUGGAAUCUAUGCUUGACGCAGACUUGAGGAACAACAGCGCGUGGACUCAUAGAUUCUACUUGAAGUUUGGUCUUGAAGAUUGGCAGAAGAAUGUUGAUCUGGAAAUCGAAUAUGCUAAACUGAAGAUCGAGAUAUGUCCACAGAAUCCUUCAAGCUGGAACUAUUUGAAAGGGAUAUACAGAAAGUCCAACAGAGACAUAAGGGAAUUGAGAGAGUUCUGCACGCCAUUGGCAGAUGUGAAGGCAAAGGAGAUCAAGAGCUCUUUUGCUCUAGAAUUGAUGGCAGAAAUCGAGAAGGCUGCAGGUGAUAAGGAUCUUGCCGCGGCGUAUUACACACAAUUGGCUGAGGUUUACGACCCGAUCAGGGCAAAUUACUGGAACUAUGUAAAAAAUAUGCUUUGA